GACAGUAAAAACAUGAUUAAAGUAGAGACACCAAUCUUCAGUAUGGAUGAUCAACCUAAUCCAGAUGAAUUUACAUUAGAAAGCUUAAUAGAUGGAGCUGAAGCACACAAGAUUAAAAUGUUUAUGAAAAAUGAUGUUGGUCUUGUUGAGGAAUCUGAAUCUGCUUUUAUUCAGUUAUCUAAUGUGUCAGAUUUGGGGCCUGAAGAAUCCACUGCAUUGACUGUCUGUAACAUAACAGAAUCGCAAACCCUCACAAAUAUCCCUGAGGAGUCCUUGGAAAUAGUUGGGGAUGUUGAAAGAAAAGCAGUAGAUGGAGACACAGACUUACAAUUACAAACUGAGCCACAUAACCAAACAUUUGCCUCAACCAGUAAAGCAGAAGAAAACAUCCAUGAUGGAAAUGUUUUAGUCAGAGAAGCUGACGUUAUUGGAGAAUCAGUUAAAGUGGAUAGUAAUGUGACUGCAGAGUCAGAUGUGCUUCAAAAAGACACUUUAGCUGAUGCAAAAUUGGAAACAUUUCAGCUAUUUGAAAAUACUGAUGAUGUUUCUGCUGUGACUGAUUCUGAUCUUCUAAUUCAACAUGAAGCCACUGAAGCACCAGGAGAAACAGACUCAAUUACUGAACAAAGUGGCAUCAACAUUAUUCCUGGAGGUUCUCACAAAGAAGAGGCAAACUCAAAGUCGAGUCCAGUUGUUCAGAGGAGAAAAAUGGGCUCAACUCGAAGACCUCUCAAAGGAAAUAAAGGACAAAGAAAAGGACGAGAAAUGCAUGAUGAAAAAGAAACAUUUAGUAGUGCAAAUAUGCUUAAUGAAGAGAAAGAAACAUUUGGUUUGGAGGAUGAACCCUGUCCAGAUGAAUCUACAUUACAAAACAUAAAGGAUGGAGCUGCAGAACAGGAGACGGAAAAGUGUGUGAAGAAUGAUGCUGGUGUUGUUGAAGAGUCUGAAUCUGCUCUCAUUCAGUCAUCAUAUGGUUCAGAUUUAGUGUCUGAAGAAUCCACUGCAUUAACAAUAUGUAACAUCACAGAAUCACAAACCCUUACAAAUAUUCAUAAAGAGUCCUGGGAAAUAAUUGAAAGAGAAGCAGUAGAUGGAGACAUAGACUUGCAAUUAGAAGCUGAAUCACAGAACCGAACAUUUAACUCAACCAGUAAAGCAGAAGAAAACAUCAAUGCUGUUAAUGUUUUAGUCAGAGAAGCCGAAGUUACUAGAGAAUCAGAUACAAUAGAGAAUAAAGUUACUCUGGAGUCAGCUUUGAUUCAGAAUAACAUUUUUGUUAAUGCAAAUUUAGAAACAUUGAAAGUAUCUGAAAAAACUGAGGAUAUUUCUGCUGAUUCUGAUCUUUUAGUGCAACAGGAAGCCAUGGAAGAAGGAGGAGAAACCAACUCAAUUCCUGAACAAAGUGGCAUCAGUGUCAUUCCAAGUCCAGUUGUUCAGAGAAGAAAAAUAGGCUCAACUCGAAGACCUCUAAAAGGGAAUAAUGUGACUGCAGAGUCAGAUGUGCUUCAAAAAGCCACUUUAGCUGAUGCAAAAUUAGAAAAAGACAAUGUAUCUGAAAAUACUGAGAGUCUUUCAGCUGUCACCGAUUCUAAUCUUUUACUUCAACAUCAUGGCACUGAAGGAGCAGGAGAAACAGACUCAAUUCCUAAACAAAGUGGCAUCAGCAUCAUCCCUGGAGAUCUUCAAAGAAAAGAGACAAACUUAGAGUCAAGUCCAGUUAUUCAGAGAAGAAAAAUGGGCUCAACUCGAAGACCUCUCAAAGGAAAUAAAGGACAAAGAAAAGGACGAGAGCUUCAUGAUGAAAAUGAAACAUUUAACAGUGAAUUUUUGCUUGAUGUACAGAAAGAAACAUUCGGUUUGGAGGAUGAACCCUGUCCAGAUGAAUCUACAUUACAAAACAUAAAAGAUGGAGCUGAAGAACAGGAGAAGGAACUGUGUGUGAAGAAUGAUGCUAGUCUUGUUGGAGAGUCUGAAUCUGCUCUCAUUCAGUCAUCAUACGGUUCAGAUUUAGCGUCUGGAGAAACCACUGCAUUGAGUGUCUGUAACAUCACAGAACCACAAACCCUCACAAAAACUCACGAAGAGGCCUGGGAAAUAGUUGGGGAUGUUGAAAGAGCAACAGUAGAAGAAGACACAGACUUGCAAUCAAAAACCGAGUCACAAAACCAAACAUGUGUCUCAAUUAGUGAAGCAGAAGAAAACAUCCAUGAUGUAAAUGUUUUAGUCAGAGAAGCUGAAGUUACUGGAGAAUCAGUUAUAUUGGAUAGUAAUGUGACUGCAGAGUCAGAUGUGAUUCAAAAAGACACUUUAGCUGAUGCAGAAUUAGAAACAUUGCAAGUUUCUGAAAAUACAGAGGAUGUUUCUGCUGUGACUGAUACUGAUUUUCUAGUGCAACAUCAUGGCACUGAACGAGCAGAAGGGACAGACACAAUUUCUGUACAAAGUGGCAUCAACAUCAUUCCUAGAGAGUCUCACGGAGAAGAGGCGAACUCAAAGUCGAGUCCAGUUGUUCAGAGGAGAAAAAUGGGCUCAACUCGAAGACCUCUCAAAGGAAAUAAAGGACAAAGAAAAGGACAAGAGCUUGAUGAUGAAAAGGAAACAUUUCACUGUGAAUUUUUGCUUGAUGUAGAAAAAGAAACAUUUAGUUUGGAGAAUGAACCCUGUCCAGAUGAAUCUACAUUACAAAACAUGAAAGAUGGAGCUGAAGAACAGGAGAAGGAAAUAUGUCUGGAGAAUGAUGUUGGUCUUGUUGAAGAGUCUGAAUCUGCUCUCAUUCAGUCAUAUAGUUCAGAUUUAGUGUCUGAAGAAUCCACUGCAUUGAGUGUCUGUAACAUCACAGAAUCACAAACCCUCACAAAAAUUCAAGAAGAGUCCUGGGAAAUAGUUGGAGAUGUUGAAAGAGAAUCAGUAGAUGGAGAUACAGACUUACAAUUAGAAACAGAGUCACAAAACCAAACAUGUGACUCAACCAGUAAAGCAGAACAAAACAUCCAUGAUGUAAAUGUAUUAGUCAGAGAAGCUGAAGGUAUUGGGGAAUCAGUUAAAGUGGACAGCAAUGUGAUUGCAGAGUCAGAUGUGCUUCAAAAAGCCACUUUAGCUGAUCCAAAAUUGGAAACAUUGCACGUAUCUGAAAAUACUAAGGAUGUUUCUGCUGUCACGGAUUCUGAUCUUCUAGUGCAACAUGAACCAACUGUAGAAGCAGGAGAAACAGACACGGUUCCUGAAAAAAGUGGAAUCAGCAUCAUUCCUGGAGAUUCUCACAACGAAGAGGCAAACUCAAAGUCAAGUCCAGUUGUUCAGAGGAGAAAAAUGGGCUCAACUCGAAGACCUCUCAAAGGAAAUAAAGGACAAAGAAAAGGACGAGAGCUUCAAGAUGAAAAUGAGACACUUAAUAAUGAAAUUAGGUUUGAUGUAGAGAAAGAAACAUUUGGUUUGGAGAAUGAACCCUGUCCAGAUGAAUCUGCAUUACAAAACAUAAAAGUUGGAGCUGAAGAACAGGAGAAGGAAAUAUGUGUGAAGAAUGAUGCUGGUGUUGUUGAAGAGUAUGAAUCUGAUCUCAUUCAGUCAUUUUAUGGUUCGGAUUUAGUGUCUGAAGAAUCCACUGCAUUAAGUGUCUGCCACAUCGAAGAAGCACAAACUCUCACAAUUAGUCAUGAACAAUUUCAGAAUAAUCCUGGAGAUGCAGAAAGAGCAGCAGUAGUUGAAGAUGCUGCUGAUACUGAAGAUACUUCAGAAACUGAAGCUACAGUUACAAUGAAGAGCACUACAAAUACUGCAUCACAUGUUUUUCAAACGUCUCCUAGUUCAAGCACAGAUGCAUUUAAUAUAUCUACAAAUGUCGAGGAAGAUACUUCAGGAGACACAGACACAAUUUUCAAGCAGAGUAACAUCAACGUUGUUCAUGAAGAUAUUUAUAGAGGGGAAGCUCACCCAAAGUUAAGUCCAGUUGUUCAGAAGAGAAAAAUGGGCUCAACUCGAAGACCUCUCAGGGGGAACAAAGGACAAAAAAAAGAUAAUGAUGAAAAGGAAAUCUCAUUUCUGGAAAAUGAACCCAAUCCAGAUGAGCUUAUAUACACUGCAAUGGGUAUCAGUGAUAUUUCAGAAGCUCAAACCCACGUAAAAGUUCACGAAGAGUCCCAGGACAACCAUGAAGUUGUUGAAAAAGCAACAGUAGGGGAAAGCACACAAUCACAAACAGAAAACAAAGUGAGUGUGUUAGUCAGAGAAGCUGAAGUUCCUGAAAAUACAGUUGUGAUUAAUACAACUGAGGAGUCGUAUUUGUUUCAAUACGUCUCUGAUUCAAAACUGACCAUAUCUGACUAUGAACAUGAGGCUCCAGUAAUUCCAAACAUAAUUUCCAAACAAAGUGACUUCAGCAUUCCUGGAGAUUCUCACAAAGAAGAGGAAAACUCACAAUUAAGUCCAGUUGUUCAAAAGAGAAAAAUGGGCUCAACUCGAAGACCUCUCAAAGGGAAUAAGGGACAAGGAAAGCAGAGAGAAGAAUCCAAGGUAAAGAAUAGAGAUAAUGAGGCAGGGUCAGAAGAGGAAAACACAGAAACACAUUCAAAAGACCAGGAACAAAAUGUGGCAAAAGACAAUAUGAAUAUAAUAGAUAAUGUCAAUGAAGAAAAAAAGGCAACAAAGGCAUUGGAUACAUCCAUGCAGGAACUAUGUGAACAAGAGCAAAGAUCAGAUGUAUCACAAACACAUGCUGAUACAUCACAGGAUGAAACCAGCUCACAUUUAUUGGACAUCCCAGAAAGAACUGUAGAUUUUGUUAGGGAGUCUACGAGUCAGCCUGAUCUUGUUCUGUCUGAUGUGUUGCUUAUGACAGAAGCUCAAACGUAUUUGUCAUCAGAAGAUAAUGUCAUGGGUAACAGUUCAAUAUCUAUAACAGAGGUACAUGAAAUGCAUGCAGACUCCAAUACAUCCAAGAGAAAAAUGGGGUCAACUAGAAAGAGAGGAAAGAGGAUGGUGAAUGAAGAGGAAGAGGAAGCUGAAAAUACAAUUGGUUCUGGAGCCACAAGUUCCAAGGAGACAUUAACUCCUAAAAAAUUAAUUGCAGAAUCUUCUGUACAUAAACCACUGUUUAGUUCAUAUGUUAUUAACGAAGACCAUGACAGUAAAUCAGAUGUGCAGACUGAGCUCUCAGAUCAAGAUUAUCUAAAUUCUACCAUAAACACCGAACCAAUGAAAGAAAGAGAAAGUUCUCCAGAUGUUGUUGCUGAAAUGGUUUCUGACUUUGCUUUGGGACAUGUUGACACUGAAGUAGUUCCUGAGCAAAGGGUCAUUCCUGAAGAGCCACAUAAAGAUCAAGCAAACCUGAAUCCAGUUGUUCAAAAACGAAAAAUGGGGUCAACACGUAAAACUCUUAGAGGGAACAAAGGGCAGAGAAAAGAGGAAGAAUCGAAAGAAAUUAAUGAAGGAAUGACACAGGAUCAGAGUAGAGAACUACAUUUGGCAAGUGAAAGUAAACUUGGUGAAGAGGUUCAACAAAACCAAUCUCUUAUUAAUAUGACAAACAAUAAAGAAGCUAAGAAACCGGAGGAUGAAUUGGAUGAAAUGCCUUCAGCAUCAAGCAUCUCUCAAUUCACAGAAGCAUCCUCAGAAACUCUCAGUUCCUCAUAUCUUAAAUCAGAAAAGUUAGAUUCAAAAGAUGAGAAUGAUUAUCAUGAUACUUGUGAACAUGAAAAUGCCCAUCAGAUUUGCGCUGAUGCUACCAAAAGUCUACAGUCGGAAUCUGUUCCCAUUGAGAGGAGAAGGAAGAUGGGCUCGACCCGGAAAAAUAUUGGAAGAGAAGGAAGAAUGCAAAGAAAGCGAGAUGGAUAUGAGGACACAGAAAUCAUAGACACAAAUCUGCAGAUGUCUCACGACCCUGAAAUGAGCUCAUCAGGUAUAACUGCAGAAGAACAAACAACUGAAGAUUACUCCAAUCAGUCAGAGGAUUCACUUCUUGGUGAAAUACAGCGAAUGCUAAAAACAACUUCUCAAAGUGCAUCCAAUUUUGAAUUGAUUAUUGAUGAGCCGAAAUCAAAUUCACCAGAAGGCUCAGAAAUCAGAUCUCUUUCACCAUCACAGAGCUUGACAACUCUAAAUGAUCCAAACUCUCCAGAAAGACGACGGCGAAAAAUGGGUUCAACUCGCAAGAACCCUAAACGGCAGUUCAAAGCAGAAAGAGAAGAUGAAGACAAAGUAGAUCAGAAGACAGAGUCAAACAAAGAAGAAAUAACGGAGGGGUCGCUAGUGCAUAAUAUCACAGAAGACCCUCCAAAUAAAGAGUAUCUUGAUGUUCCCAGUGCACACACAAGCAGCCAGCAAGAAGAGAGCGAUAGCCCUGUUGUUCAAGAAAGUGCGUCACCAUCAACUAAAAGGAAGUUUGGGUCCAGACGAGCUAAUAAGGGCAAACUUGGUAGGCUUGAGGCAUCUGAUGGUAUGACUGAAUCAGAAGAUGGAGAUCAUAAACCAGAUGGCUCUGCUGUUGAGGACAGACAGCACAGGGAUGGUUCAAUGGGUUGUGGUACGAGCGUCAGCUUACAACCAGAAAAUCUGCCAUUUUCCAGAAAUUAUGAAGUUGCUCCAAAAGGCACUGGUGAAGAGAUUCAAGUCAGAAAACAGGACAGAAUGACGGUCAAUGUAAAGAACAGGGAUUCUAAAGUGGUUCAGUUUAAUGUGGUCAUGGUGGGAAACAGCUGUGUUGGAAAGACGUCCUUCAUAAGACGUUUCCAUGAAGGCCAGUUCACCGAGGAUUACCGCUCCACUAUUGGUGUUGACACUUUCGUACAGACUGUUGAGCUGCCCGACAGAACUGUUAAACUGCAGAUAUGGGACACAGCAGGUCAAGAGAGGUUUCACAGCAUCACCACGCAAGUUUUCCACAAGGCUGAGGGGCUUCUGCUCAUGUAUGAGAUCACAUGUUCAAAGAGUUUCAUUUCUAUACGAGAUUGGAUCUCUCAAGCCCGGGAAAGGGCUCAAGAUGAUGUCGUCAUGAUGUUGCUCGGAAACAAGAAUGAUUCAGUUAAUCGUGAAGUCCAGAUUCAGGAAGGAGCAGAUCUGGCCAGAGAGUAUAACAUACAUUUCAUGGAGUGCAGUGCUGCAAACGGGGCUAAUGUGUCAGAAUCUAUGAGGACUCUUGCUGAGUUGUUAGUGCAGCGCAAGAGAAAAAGGGAGGAACACACAACGCUGAGAAGAGAACCACAACAGAAGAAAUCUGGAUGCUGUUAAAAAAAAACUCCC